ACACUGCACCAAGCUCUGAUAAUGAUUACUGCAAACAUUACGUUACAGUCCUAGAAAUGAGCUUCACGUCUCUACAGUGUUUUGCUGCAUUGAUUGUUACAGCUCUGACAGUAAAUGCGGAAUCGUGUCACCAUGGCUGGAUUAAGCGAGGGUCCUCGUGUUACGCGUUUGUUACAGGGGCCCCGGACACCUGGACAGAAGCAAUGGCAUUCUGUACAGGAAUAUCAGCUAAACUGGUAGAAAUAGAAACUGCUGCAGAAAACGAUUUCUUACGACUUCAUUUGAUUGACAGAGGAACCAAUGAUAGCUUCUGGAUCGGUCUUACUGACACUAUCUUUGAAGGCGAAUGGCUAUGGAUGUCCUCUCAAUCAACCCCCGUAUACAAAGACUGGUCCCCGGGCCAACCAAAUAAUUACCAGCAGAACGAGAAUUGCGCCCAUUUGUACAAACCAUUUUCGUUUCACUGGAAUGAUUUCCCCUGUGCUGCGAAGCAGAGUUUUAUUUGUGAAAAAGAACUGGACCUUGAUAUUGGUAUUGUUGGUUAAAUGUCGAGAGUAAAAAUUAAAGCUGACAUGAAUUCUGAAA